AUGUCGACUUCCUCUGACCGAGAAUAUCUGCUUACUCUCGAAAGCGUUCGCGAACAAGCUCAGCAUGUCUACGAUGCAGCUGUCAAUGGUCGUCUCAACAACUUCAUCUACGAUGCAUCAAAGUUGGAUGCGGCCGCAGACUAUGUUGUCUCGCUGAUUCUGGUACGAAGAAUCUGGGAAUAUCCAAACACAUAUUCUAAUACUUCAGCANNGCGAGAUUGGCAACCAGACAUGUUCAGCAAGAUUCCUNNCCCUCACGGCAGGUGGCAACACUUCAAUGCAGGAGGUGUUUCUCGAAUAGAUCUAUUGAUCGAGCAAUGGAAGACUGGCGGCAUUGACGAGAUUGAGAUUGCCCGCCGAGUCAUCGAUAUCAUUGUGGUUUCUGUCCUCCUCGAUGCUGGAGCAGGUGACCACUGGACAUUCACAGAAGAGAAUGGUGUCAAGAUCGGCCGUAGUGAAGGUCUUGCAGUCGCCAGUCUCAGUGCCUUCAAUACAAGUAUUUUCGGCGAAUCUUGUGUGGAUGCUCGGUUGCUUGCAGAACUCGACUCAGGAAAGCUAGCCACUGCAAUGCAAAGUACAGAUUCAAAUCCACUUCUCGGGAUGGAAAGCCGAACUGAGCUGCUGCGACGACUUGGUCGGUCCCUGCUUUCCAACAAGAAGUUCUGCGUCGAUGAUAGUUGUAGACCUGGUCAUCUUAUCGGUAUGUCGCCAAUCCUCACUGGAAUCGAGUCAGAUACUGAUUCAUCUNNAGACUAUGUGCUGGAAAGCGGUUCCACUGGCGACGCCUUCGAUUUCAAAGUAUUGUGGAGUCUGCUACAGGAUCUUCUUAUCCCGACAUGGCCAGAAGGACGGACCACCGUAGCUGGAGCGGCCAUCGGUGAUGCUUGGCCACUCAAGGUACUUGCAAAUCGGAAGCAAGUCCUGCCUAUCCAGCCAUUUCACAAGCUUACACAGUGGCUUGCUUACUCUUUGACCUCGGCUAUACAGCGAUUGCUUUCAAAAGACUGGAUCAACAUGAAUAUCCUCACUGGUCUGCCUGAGUAUAGAAACGGCGGCUUGUUCCUUGACAUGCAGGUUUUGGUUCUGAAGCCCGAAGUGUUAAAAGCUGGCCUGAAGCAGAGCGGCAGAACACUACCUCAAUACGAUGCUGACGGAGAUGUGAUUGUGGAGUGGCGUGCAAUGACGGUUGUUCUAUUAGACAUCAUCGCGAAGAUGGUGAACGAAAAGAUUGCACAGAGAUGCGGUCCAGAUGUUUCGCCAUUGAGCCUAGCUCAAAUUCUGGAAGCUGGUACUUGGAAGGCUGGGAGGGAGCUGGCAAAACAGCACAGGGCGAGUCUGAAUGCAUGUAGUCCAAUACUAAUGUCUAGUGACGGAACUCUGUUCUGA